CCCGCCCCUUCUUCCUCUCUCCCGGGCCAACGGGAGUCGCCGAGCUACGGGUUGGAGCAGUGUUGCCGGGGUCCCCAGGUUAGGCUGGGAAUCCUGGCUGGAGCGGAGCAUAAACCGGACGGGCGAGCAAGCGAACGGGUGGGCAAGUGACUAUCGGCGAGUUCUCGGCGGCGUGCUGCACCGUGGAGGGCGCUGCCUGCGCGCUCCCAGGCCGCGACGGUUCUUGGGCUUUUGGAGAGAUAAUCGGCGCACCGGGCCAAAGAGCUGGGACGGACGGGAGUGUUGCCGAGGUGCCAGGACUAGGGGUCGGGGUCUGAGGCUUGGGCGCUGCCUGGGCCAAAAGGACCCUGACGCGAGUGAAGCGGCCCAGGGAGCAUGAGCGGCCCGCGUGUGGACGUCAAGGUGGUAAUGCUGGGUAAGGAGAACGUGGGCAAGACGAGCCUGGUGGAACGAUACGUGCACGACCGCUUCCUGGCGGGGCCCUAUCAGAAUACCAUCGGGGCCGCCUUCGUGGCUAAAGUGAUGUCCGUUGGAGACAGGACAGUGACUUUGGGUAUUUGGGAUACUGCAGGCUCUGAGCGCUAUGAGGCCAUGAGCAGAAUAUACUAUAGAGGUGCCAAGGCUGCCAUCGUCUGCUAUGACCUCACAGACAGUAGCAGCUUUGAGAGAGCAAAGUUCUGGGUAAAGGAGCUGCGCAGCCUAGAGGAGGGCUGCCAGAUCUACCUGUGUGGCACCAAGUGUGACCUGCUGGAGGAAGACCGGCGGCGUCGACGUGUGGACUUCCAUGAUGUGCAGGACUAUGCAGAGAAUAUCAAAGCACGGCUCUUUGAAACAUCCAGCAAGACAGGCCAGAGUGUGGAUGAGCUCUUCCAGAAAGUGGCAGAUGAUUAUGUCAGUGUGGCCGCCUUCCAGGUGAUGACAGAGGACAAGGGCGUGGACCUGGGCCAGAAGGCAAACCCCUACUUCUACAGCUGUUGUCAUCACUGAAUCACCACUCACCUGACCCCGGGGAAUUAAAGGAAUUCCCAGAAGGGCUAGAUUGAGCUCUUGUCUGGGAAUGGGUGGUCAAAUGUCUGAGCUACCCCAUGUCCCCAGAGGUGCCACUGCCUGUGCUGGCCCAUGGAGUGGAGGCAGCAUUGGGUUGUCUCUGGGCAUUAGGAGGGCUAAGGGCUGAUUUCAGUCCCAGGCUUCUGUCCUGGGCAGUACUUUGUCUACAGGUUAUUUAAGUGGCUUCUGGUCUGUAAAUAAAAUCAAUGCACUAUGAAU